CAGUUGUCUUUAUUACAGCCACCAAUUAAUAUUCGGCAAGCAUGUUUAAGUUAAGUGCGAUAUUGCUUGCUGUGCCAAUUUUCUUUGCCCUGGCUAAGUCACAACAAUGCAAUUGGCAGUACAGCUUGCAGCCAGGUCAAACAAUCAAUAUAACAAGUUCGAAUUAUCCGAGACCAUUUCCAGCCGGCAGCAGUUGUCGCUAUCAGCUGCAUGCACCUGCCUCCCAUGUUAUACAUCUGAGUUGUGUCUUUGAAGUGUAUCCCGAUAUGUGUCAGUCGAACUUUCUUUAUGUAUCUCGGGAUGGUGACCUCCAAUUUCGCGAUGGCGAACGCUUUUGCCGUACAGGACGAGUUACACUUGCCUCACACUUUCAAACCAUGGCCAUCGGCUAUCAUUCCACUAACUUUGCGUCUCAGCAGCAAGCCAGACUGAGCUGCCAGGCGAUUGCAGUUCGUGUGCCCUGCGACUGUGGCUGGUCUCUGACAACGCGUAUUACCAACGGCAAGGAGGCGAUCAAGCAUGAGUUUCCCUCAAUGGUGGGACUGCGAGAUAUCAGCUCAAAUCUUCCCAUAUUUUGUGGUGGCAGCAUCAUCAGUGAUCGCUUCAUUGUCACAGCAGCACAUUGCACAGAUCGUCAGCCCGUUGCGAGUCGCAUUGUGGCCAUAGUUGGUGUCCACGAUCUCAGUCUAUCUGGUGAAUCAAUGUUUGCCUCGCAAUAUGCCAUACAAAGCAUUAUCAGGCAUCCGAAUUACAGCAGCACUCGGAAUACCAACGACAUUGCUCUGCUCCAGACUGUGAGACGCUUUGUUUGGUCACGCGGUGUUGCUCCAAUUUGUCUGCCCUUCAGACAAACUCAGGGCGGCGAAGCCUACGAUGUUGUGGAUAUCGCCGGAUGGGGAACUUUAGGUUUUGGUUCAGGCAAAUCGAAUACGUUGCAAAAGGCGAAUGUGAUGACGAUUGUCAACUCCGACUGCAGUUCUAGUUAUAACAUCAGUAUAGACGCUAAUCAAGUGUGCACAUAUGAUCACACAGGACGAGGACAGGACUCUUGCCAAUACGAUUCAGGAGGUCCUGUCAUACUGCGUCAGCGGAAUCGCAUGUUUCUGCUCGGUGUGAUCAGCUAUGGACGCUCCUGUGGCCAAAGAUAUGGCAUCGGGGUGAACACCCGAAUCUCGUCGCAUCUGAAGUGGAUAGGCGACUAUGUGGGCAACUCAGUGUGUGUGCGUUAAGGAUGGACUGUGUACACGAAUUGAUGAAAUGCUGCAAGCUUAAAGAUUUUCUAUACAACUAUCUUGACAUUGCCCCUCUGGCAACAACACCUUCUUUUGCCUUCUUGAAGUGCUCGAAUUUACUUCUGCUUCAGUUUGACAGUCUUCGAGUGUUGACAAAAGCCUUAAUUUGCAUUUAAAUUAAAAAGCAGUGACAUGUUUUGCCUACAUUUAAACAAGACGCAACGCAGCCCCAAUCCUUAGCCUCUGUGCAUAGUUUGCACGCACUGCAAUCAAAUCUGAAGGCAUUUGCUACACUAACUCAAUUGAUUAGCUACAGUUCUUUUAGGAGUUAAAGAAUAACCUAAU